CAACUCACCUCUCCUCUCUCUUUGCUCACUCACUCAAAUCUCCAUCUCUCUCUCUCUCCUCCAAAACCCAAACCAAAAGCAUCAAAAUCUCUAUCUCACAAUAUCACUACACCAAAAACAAACCAUUCAUUACUACUCUCACUUCUACUGCCAGUCUACCACUCUCUUUACACUGUGAAUCCCAAGACCUCAAAAACAAUGAGUAUGGCUUCUUCUGCUGCUUCCGUCACAUCUAGUACAUUUGUUAAUUCCAACUUAGUUCAGCCUUCUCCAUUGAUGGAUUUGGGCUACAGUUCCAAGUCCAUAAUCUUAAAGAAGCCCAACAGAAGAGCCCAGCUCCAUUGCUCUCUCCAGACGACGCCUUCAGUGUUCCAUUUCCCGAAGCAGACCUCGACCUUCCAACCAACAACGACCUCUGCCGCUACCACUAUUACUACUCUCCCCAAGCUCAAAACCAAACCCAAAACCAAGGAGGACGACUCGGUCUCCACCCCCACCACCAACAACCCUUCAUCUCCACAAUGGAAUCUACUCCAACGGUCUGCGGCCAUUGCUUUGGAUGCCGUCGAGGCCGCUCUGGUAUCCAGCGAGCGCCACCACCCUCUACCCAAGACAGCUGACCCAGCUGUUCAAAUCGCCGGCAAUUUCGCACCAGUACUUGAACAACCCGUUCGCCAUUCCCUUCCCGUGUCCGGCCGUAUCCCCGAUUGCAUUCAGGGUGUUUACGUCCGUAACGGCGCCAAUCCUCUGUUCGAGCCAGUCGCCGGCCACCAUUUCUUCGACGGAGACGGUAUGGUUCACGCUGUUCGUAUCGAAGACGGCUCAGCAAGCUAUGCUUGCCGCUUCACUGAAACCCAGCGUCUGGUUCAGGAAAGAGCCCUUGGCCGCCCUGUCUUCCCCAAAGCCAUUGGUGAACUUCACGGCCACUUUGGUAUUGCUCGUCUCCUUCUUUUCUACGCCAGAGGACUCUUUGGGCUUGUCGAUCAUACUCACGGCACCGGAGUCGCCAACGCCGGCCUAGUCUACUUCAACGGCCACCUUCUUGCCAUGUCCGAGGACGACUUGCCUUACCAUGUGCGUGUGACUGCCUCCGGCGACCUCGAGACAGUUGGCCGUUACGACUUCAACGGCCAGCUCUGCUCCGCAAUGAUUGCUCACCCAAAGCUCGACCCAGUUUCGGGGAAGCUCUUCGCUCUCAGCUACGAUGUCAUCCAGAAGCCAUACCUCAAGUACUUCAGCUUCUCCCCAGAUGGCCAGAAGUCACCGGACGUUGAGAUUCCUGUCACUGAGCCCACCAUGAUGCACGACUUCGCGAUCACCGAGAGGUUCGUGGUUAUACCCGAUCAGCAAGUGGUGUUCAAGCUCCAGGAGAUGAUCCGAGGAGGCUCUCCGGUUGUCUACGAUAAGAACAAGAUAUCGAGGUUUGGAAUCUUGGACAAGAACGCCGUCGACGCUUCAGGGAUCAGAUGGGUGGAAGUCCCUGAUUGCUUCUGCUUCCACCUCUGGAACGCUUGGGAAGAGCCCGAGACAGACGAGGUCGUCGUCAUCGGUUCCUGCAUGACCCCACCGGACUCCAUAUUCAACGAAUGCGAAGAGGGUCUGAAGAGCGUCCUUUCAGAGAUUCGACUCAACCUGAAGACUGGUAAGUCGACGCGGCGACCCAUCAUCUCUGUUUCUAACCAAUUGAACUUGGAAGCCGGGAUGGUGAACCGGAAUCGGUUGGGGAGGAAGAGCCAGUUUGCUUAUCUAGCAAUUGCCGAGCCAUGGCCGAGGGUUUCCGGCUUCGCCAAGGUAGACCUCACCACCGGAGAAGUGAGCAAAUUCAUGUAUGGAGACCGGUGCUACGGUGGCGAGCCAUUCUUCGUGCCGAGGCACCCCAACUCAGAGAGAGAAGAUGAUGGGUACAUACUGGCUUUCAUGCACGACGAGAAGACGUCAAAAUCAGAGCUUGUAAUAGUAAACGCCAUGAAUUUACAGUUGGAAGCCUCAGUCAAGCUACCUUCUCGCGUUCCUUACGGUUUCCACGGCACGUUCAUAAAUUCCAAUGAUUUGGAGAAACAAGCCUAGACCCUAUUAUAGAUUUUAGCAGACCCAAAUUCUCGUCCUAGUCGUCCUAGUCCUUCUUGAGGAGAUUUUACCCGAGGGAUGCUUUGGAGAGAGACAGAUACAUCCCCGGAGUCUCCUAACACCUACCUCCACUAUACAACCCCCUUUGGUGGGGUUUCUGCUUUCACCUUUUUUGUUUUGAAGGAGAAGUUUUGGGAAGAACCAGCUUGUAGCUUUUGCACUGUAGGUAGAGAUGCAGCUCAGCUGGUUUCUGUUUAUUCUUUUUUUUUUUUUUGUUUUCUCUUUUUUAGAGUACUUGAUGUCCAGGUCCAUAUCCAUGUGUUCUUAGACCUAUCUCUAGAUCUCUUCUUUUGCUUUUGCUUGGUGUAAAUAAUAAAAUUUUACACAUGUUUUUUACCUAUGUACCCUCUUUCUCUCUCUCAACAUAUAUCACCAACAGAGCAUUUCUUUCA